AUUCACUAUAACAUUCAUUAUAACAUUCACUAUACCAUUCACUAUAACAUUCAUUAUAACAUUCACUAUACCAUUCACUAUACCAUUCACUAUAACAUUCACUAUGACAUUCACUAUGACAUUCACCACACCAUUCACUAUACCAUUCACUAUGACAUUCACUACACCAUUCACUAUACCAUUCACUAUAACAUUCAUUAUAACAUUCACUAUACCAUUCACUAUAACAUUCAUUAUAACAUUCACUAUACCAUACACUAUAACAUUCACUAUAACAUUCACUACACCAUUCGGUAUACCAUUCACUACACCAUUCGGUAUACCAUUCACUAUGCCAUUCACUACACCAUUCACUAUAACAUUUAUUAUAACAUUCACUAUACCAUUCACUAUAACAUUCAUUAUAACAUUCACUAUACCAUUCACUAUACCAUUCGCUAUAACAUUCACUAUGACAUUCACUAUGAAAUUCACUACACCAUUCACUAUACCAUUCACUAUGACAUUCACUACAUCAUUCACUAUAACAUUCACUAUAACAUUCAUUAUAACAUUCACUAUGCCAUUCACUAUAACAUUCACUAUGACAUUCACUAUACCAUUCACUAUACAAUUCACUAUACCAUUCACUAUACCAUUCACUAUAAAAUUCAUUAUAACAUUAACUAUACCAUUCACUAUAACAUUUACUAUGACAUUCACUAUGACAUUCACUACACCAUUCACUAUUCCAUUCACUAUGACAUUCACUACACCAUUCCCUAUAACAUUCAUUAUAACAUUCACUAUACCAUUCACUAUACCAUUCACUAUACCAUUCACUAUACAAUUCACUAUACCAUUCACUAUACCAUUCACUAUACAAUUCACUAUAACAUUCAAUAUACCAUUCACUAUACAAUUCACUAU